CGCGUCAAUGAGCGUUCAGGGCCCGUGCCAUCAACUAUUUCCCCUUAGCCGACCGACCGACUGACUGAGACACGUGCCUGUCCGACCGCGCGCGCGCGCGUUUCGACCACUGCAACCGGUGCGCGCGAACUGGAGAAGAACGCCACGCGACGCCGUACGCUACAAUAUUAUCGCUGGCUCUACGGAAACAACCGGACAUUUUCUUGACUGCCGCCGCACACCAUCGUCGACAGGUACGUAAAUUACAAUGCUGAAUAACGGAAUAAAUAUUGGCGUUUUGAUGGCAAUAACGCGAAAUAUUAUUAUUUUCUAUAACAAUAAUAUAAUACAGGGACGGAUUUAGAUAUGUGGUGGUGCCCGUGGGCGGAACACAUUGUGGGGGCCCAAAAUAAAUAAACAGGUUAAUACAUUUUGUUGAUUUUCUAUUUAUUUAAUUUACUUGGUAGUGAAAUACAAAAACAUUUAAAUCGGGUUACGGACUCCGUAACCCGAUUACGGACGGGUAUACGGAGUUUAUAAAUACAAAUUGCUUAAACAUUAAUUUAAUUCGUCGUUCGUAGUUUACCACCGUGUUACCAACAAUUUGACGUAUAAUCCCAGAUCGUUUGUGUGUAUUUAGAUAAACGCAUUCUAUAAUAUUGUAAAAAUGUAUGGCAAUUGCGGACAGCACAAAAACAUUCUUGUCUCGACUUUAGAACACCGCUCGUUUAUUUGACACCGAAUAAUACGUUAGUACGUUAAUACAAUAAUAGGUAAAAUACCAAAAAAAAAAAAAAAACUGUUAUUAUUCCAAUGAAAGUUUAAUGCGAAAUAGAAAGUUCUGCAUUUUAUAUAUUUUAAAAUUUAAUAUCAAUUUGUUUUUUCUGUAUUAACCGUUAAAUAUUUACGAAAAUAUGGGGACCCUAAAUUUUCGGGGGCCCUUGGACUGUAGCUCCCCCCCCUUAAUUUGACUUUGAUAUAAUAUAAUUUACAAUUAUUUUAUAAUUACACAUUAUAUAAAAUAUAAAUGCCCCUGACUAUACUUUGUUUAGUGUUAUAAAAGUCCAGUUGCCAUUUUUUCGUUACAGAAUUAGGUUUUUUGUUUUUUAGAUUUUGAAUGAAGUUAUUUAUAGCUGUUUGAAAGGUUCGAGGUUUUUUUUUUUUGUCGACCGGUUUAUAUGGACACAAUUUAAGUUUGAACGAAGGUAAAAUUGCAAAUUAUAUUCUUAUAUUUCUAUAAGUUUGGUAUAAUAGGUCAAUUCACUUUAAAACUAUAACGGCAAAAUAUUGUCCCAUUUGAACGCAAAUUUGCAGUGCACGUGAACACGCGGGUCUUACAUUAAUUAAAAAAGUGUAACUUACAGUUAUACACUAUAAGUACUCAAAACAUAAGUAACUCCCUACAGAGCCAAUAAAAAUAGAUGGAUGGGUCCGAUUAAAAACCACAUUUGUCAACUUUUGAAAAUGUUUUUACCCAUCAUUUCUUUACAUGAUGGACGCAGUGCGGGCACUAGAAUACAAAUGGGGCAUGGCGUUGUCCUAUGUCCAAAGCCCCGCAAAACCUAGCGUCGGUACUGGAUGAACGAUGAUAAAUAAUCCAAGGAUAAUCGUGUAAACAAAUAAAAAACGAUUAAUAUCGUCGACAUUAAAGUUAAAUUAUCAUCGACAGUGGCGCAGAACCAUGUUUUAAGGAGGUGGGCAGGUAAAAUGUUAUGUGAACCACCACCCUCGUUUACAAAACAAACUCCCAUACAACACUCUAAAUUAACAUUCCAUAUGUACCAAUUCGAUAAAAAAUAUGGGCCAUGUAGAUCCACCACCACUCACCUAUUAAAAUAAGGGUGGCAAUCGCUACUCUUGUCUGCUCGUUUCGACGCCACUGUUCGUCGAGUUAUCGACUCGUUAAGACUUAAUUUCCUAGUUUGCGCUAGUUUGGUGCUCCAUUGCUUACCUCGCCUUAGGUGAUAUUAUUUUCAUACGUCUUCCAGUGGCGGAUGGAGCUAUUUUCUAUUACCGAGAACUGAACUCAAGGGCCCAUAUUUUUUCAGUUUUAUUUGCCCCCUCUCCCAGGCUAUUUGCGCUUGAGACGCCCACAAACGAAUAUAAACCUAAAAUAAUGUCUCGGGACCAACGAUUACGAGUCCCGUAAUUUAUUACGGACACGGGCCCACCGGGAAAAUCUCGAUCUCCGUUGCAAUUAUAGGUACCCUCAAGGAGGGUAAUUAUUAUAUGUCCUCCGUAUUGCCAAUACGAUUAUGCGUCACGUUUGUUUUACGCUAUCAUACUUUGUUCAUCAUAAUAUCACGUUUUUGUUCGCUAACGUAAAAUUAACACACUUCCCCUUCACUGUAAAUAAAUUGGCAUUUUCGCAGCGAGCCGUUUCGAUAAAAUGCUAAUUGUCGUCGUCGUCCAACAUGGAUCUGAUGCGACACACGACUAACGCGCACGGCGCCUCGGAUUUCUUCGCGCACCAUUACGGGCCGUUAGAUUUUAACGGCAAUCACCGCGACGGCCACGGCAUCAGUGGCGGAUCGGAACAGCACAACGCGUACUGGCAGUGGCAGCACUCGGACGGUUCUUCUUCCGAAGGUGGAUUCGGUCAUCAACCGCGGUCGACCACCGAGAUACGAGAUGGCGCGGACGAUCGUCGUCAUCAUAAUAUUCCGCACCGGUGGGACGCGACGGACGGCGGUUAUCCGUUACACGCGGGACCGCUGCAACAGGCCGACGGCGACGGAUACACGGCCGGUUUCGUCCACAAUCAAUCACAUCCGCCAUAUCGGCCGAAAACCGUCGCGGACUGGAACCGUACUUGUUUCGGGUACGUAUACUUGCACCAUGCCUACGCGAUCGGCAUAACGUACGGACGUAUGCUCAUGAUCUCGGAAAGUUUUAACUUUUACAUGGCGUUUGUUUUAUAGAACGUUUAAAAACCGAGCAGCUGCUCUCAUCAUUUUACAUUUAUAUUAUUUGUUAUUGGUUUAUCACCCAUAUUUUUUGGGAAUGGAUGUCGCUACCUACUUUUGAUUUUCAAAUGGCAACCUAUACAAUGACACCGCGUCACCGCCACACGAAUUAUGCUCCACUAUACUCUUCCACUACCCGAACUCAAAAGUGGAAUAUCUAGUCGACGGUUUGACGGAAAUCAAAAAUGCUAAUACCUAAACCCAUUUAAAUAGGUUGUCGUUUGAAUAUCUGAAAAUGUAGGUAGUGGUUUCAUCCUAAAAACAAUAUUAAUGUAAAAUUGUAAAGCUACUUAUUUCUUUAAUGUUCUGUAAAACUGAAAAUUCCGAAAAACGUUAAUUUUUUCCGAGAUAAUGACUGUCGUACGUUAUGUCGAUUACCCUGUAUAUCAUCCUCUUCUUUUUUUGUUGUGUGCGGUCAUUAAAAACCGUUCUGACAAGCAUAAUGUCCUCUCGUCCCUCAGUUUUUUUUUUGCACUUCUUCACACCACAGUUUUGGUCUCUUUCUACGCAAAGAUUAUGUAUUCCUGAACGUGGUGAAUAUUAGUGUGCCUAUAUUACGCCAUGCAAAUCCAGCCCAUUCCAAUAUUUUUUUCGUAAUUUCUUCUUCAGUCGAACUGUUUUAACUCAAAAUCAUCGUUGAUACUCUCCAAUCUUUUCUACGGUCUCUAAAAUUUCCUAUCUAAACAAUGUAAAAACAUCGCGUAUUACUCGAAUAUUUCAUAGAUAACUCGAAAUUCCAAUUUUAUUAAGAACAGUGAUAUACAUAAUAUCCCCAUACAUAUUAUGUAUGUAAGUACAUUUAUUAUCGAAAGUAAAAUUUAUUAUGUUAUGGAAGGUACCUAUUAAAACAAAAAUUUGAACUUUUUUGCCGGCUUCAAUUUCGAGUCAAUUAAGUCCCACCACACAAUAAUUGACCUUGUUAAUAGAGCCGUUCAAGUUACUUAUCCUCCAUAUUUACACUUAGAAUCGUCUAUAUAUGGAUCGACAAUCCUUCUUAAAAUUUUCCUCUAAAAUAUCAGAAGCAUUUUCUUAGUUGUUUAGACCGACGACCAUGCCAUCUUGGUUUCCGGACUAUAUUAUUCAAGUACUAUAUAUUUUUGGUUUCAGUUCUCGAUUUGUACAUCUGGUAUAUUCACUGUAAAAUGUUCCACAUUUCUAGACUAUUAAACAUCUGAAAAUAAUUCGUAGCUCAGUUAGGGCUCUAUGCGUGUAAGUGAGCUAGACAUCGUAUUAAUUAUUCAAUGUUAGCGUCUAGACAGUUCAUGGAUUUUAAUGAUUUUAACUGAUACUAUGGAUAAAUUAUUAAUGUGACGUCUGGCCUUAUGAACCACAAAACAUCUUCGUUUUAAAAAACGAUUUGUACGAAAUAAUUUCAUCUAAAAUUGUUCAGAUGAAAUAUUUUCAUAUAUUUUAUAAUCAAAAAUAUUUUUAUUUGAUAUUAGGUCGACAUGGGUUUUUCACAUACCAAUGUAGGGAUAUGUUUGAUUUACAGAGCAGUGUCUAACAUUUGCAUACAUUUUUUUUUUGUCAAUGUGAAAUUUUACUACCUUACUUUAAUGUUACAGUUAAAUUAUUGAAUAUUGUAUAGGUUUUAAUAUAUAUUCAAUCAUCCAUUUAAAAAGGAUUAAAUUAAAGUACACACAAUAUUUUAAAAAGUAUUGACUGUUUUCAAAAAUUAUUAUUUUUUGACAAUUAAAGAAAUAAGCCUUUCUAAAUGUUACAUUUAUAUUAUUUUUUGUCACCCACAUUUUAGGAAGUAAAACAACUGGGCAAUAUUUAUUUUCAAAUAGCAAUCUAUACUAAAAAUUUCAUACAUAGAUUGAGUAUUUGUUGAAAUAAAUUGUAGGGUUGAAAUUUUUGAUUUCCGUCAACCCAUUGACGAGAUAUUUCCACCUUUCAGUUUAGGGUAGAUGAAGUAUUAUUUGUGUGAUAGCACGGUGUGUAAUGUUUGAAUAGUUCUCUUCUAUAUUCCCCUACCCAAAAUUUAAAACUGAUAUAUCAUGUCCCAUCAUACAAAUUUUAGAGCUGUUAGUUUCUUUAAUUGUCAAACCAAAUUUAUCUGAAAAAGUGAAUACUUACUUUCACAAAUAAUGAGAGUAUCUAUUUAAUAAUGGAUCACUUUGUAAAUAAUUUAAUUGUUAUUUUUAUUAAUAAUAGAAAAACAAAUGAAUAUUCACCGAGAAGACCCAGUAGUAAAGAGUCAAUAUCACCUACAGUGGCAAGAAAGAGACGCUUAGCAGCUAAUGCCAGGGAACGUCGACGUAUGAAUGGUCUAAAUGAAGCAUUUGAUCGGCUCCGUGAAGCCAUACCUACAUCCAUAGAAGAUGAUCACAAACUCUCAAAAUACGAGACACUACAAAUGGCUCAAAGUUAUAUAUCAGCAUUAUGUAAUAUGUUAGAUCAAGCUCAUAAGUAAAAUAUUAUUAUAAUUAGUUAUUUAUUUAAUUGUAAGUUAUAAUAAUAUAUAAAAAUAUUUUUUUGUUUUUGACACGUGAAAUGUUUUCUAGUCACAUAAUAUGAACACUUAAUUUAUAAUAAUUUUUUUUUAUUAUUGUCUAUUUAAUAAAAAUAAUUAAAAAGCCAUAAAUACAAUUAAUUUUUAUAUUUUUCAUUACAGCACACCUAAAUAAAAAAAUCAUGUGGUACAAGACGAAAAAAAGUGUUACUUUAGCAAAAUUCUCAAUACGAGAAUUGGUAUUUUGUUUACAAAAAUUAUUUGAUUGUAAAUUUAGCCAUUUUUUUUUUUUUUUACAUUAAAUUGUAGAACUUACCAAUGAAGAAAAACAGUAAAAAAAGGAUGAAUUUAAACAUUAAAAUAUAUUUUUAAAAUAUAUAAAGAAACAUUAAUCAAUAUAUUGUGCCAGCCAUCGGAACCCUUCUCCAUAACCAUGACGUUUCAAUACAGAACACAUAAACACUUCUAAUGGACGACCCGGAAGCUCGUGUCUUGGUACUCUAGCC